AUGGCUCUCUGGAUCCUUUCAUUCUUUCAAGUUCUACCAACUUUUCUGGAGUUUUUGUUCGCUUUCGGCAAGCAGCUUCGUGCUGUGGAUUUCCAGUUCAGUGGGUUCAGAGAGGACAACAGGAUAGAAGCGAUUCUUAACAGAGGACCCCUGCCUGAAAUUGGGCGUUCUGGGCAGGAUUAUCAGAUCUGCUACAAUCUAAAGACCUUCGAGUACAAACCCGGCAUCGCCUGGCCAUGGUCAAGCCGGCAGACUGUUGUCUGGCACUCGUUCGACGUCCAGACUGGUCACGCAUCAUGGAUCACCAUCAAGGCGAAUGAUAUUAUCCGGGAUCGACUGAAAGAGGUGUCCAACAUGACUCUUGCGAAGGACAACGACCUCUACACAAGCGUUGCCAAGAUGUUUGUCAAUACGCUCGCAAGCCACACAGUGAUUCUAGAAUGGUCCGGAGAAGGCUGGAGGAGGUAUAUCAACUUCCUCGAGGAGCAGCUGCAGUCACUCAAGCGCCGUGCUAUUGUGGACAGAGUCACGCGUUAUGCCGCUCCUCCUCCUACUGCAAGGAGCCCUCCGUCUUCUGGCAUUCCGAUGGCUGAUCUACCCCCCAGCCGGACGUGGACAUUGCUGAGCCCUUCAACGCACACGAGUACAGCAAAUGCUCCACCACAACCGCAGCAGCCACUGCCAGCAGGAGUGGCAAUCAACAUCCCCGAAGAGCCUCGAGAGCCACCCAAUGCUCCCCCGGACUUCGACCCGAAACACCAAGGUGCUGCUGAUCUUGACAAUGAUCAGACGGUGUACAAGAUUGAGGAACUUCAGGAUGCGCAGGCGUUUGAGGAUAUGGUCAGCGAGACAUGCCUUGUCCUGAAGAGCAACUUUCCUGUCCUGGCACAGAUUGAAGCUUUCUUUCAAAGUCUGCCGAAAUCUGGUGAUCUGGACCCAAAUCUCAGAGACUGCAUGACUGCAAAUAUUCCUCGCUUCCUAAAGCGGAUUCAAGCCGUAAGGAGCGAUCUUCAGAUGCAUUUGGAUAGAAUCGAGACAAUAUCCAGAGCGAUCAGUGAGUGCAAAAGCCUUCUAUAUGGCAUAGUCGAGUACCAAAGCAUGCAGGCAAACAAGCUGUUUGCUUCGGAAGCCAGAUGUUCUGCGCAGCGCAUGGAGGAAAUGACCAAGGAAAUGAAGUCGCUGACUCUGAAAACGACUCUCGAGACCGUGAUGAUGAGGAUCAUCACGGUUGUCACCGUCUUCUUCUUACCUGCGACAUUUGUUUCGACUUUGAUGUCCACCGAUAUCGUCCAUUUCAACUCGUUCGAUUCCAACAUAAACUCCGGCAGCACUUCUCUGGGGGCGGUCAAACUCUUUCUCUGCCUGAGCUUUUCUCUCAUGGUGGCCACCUUCACUUUCGGAUUUGGCCUCUACUGGUGGGCUGUACGGUAUCAAGUGUAG